AUGGACCCGACCAUCGUCGCAGAGCUCGAGAAGAACGCCGAUGAUGGCGUUGCGUUCCGCGCCCGUCCCAACCACGUCCACCACACCUGGGCCAAGACCUUUUACUCCCUCCCGGAGCUGUACAUUCAGCCCGAGUCCCUGCCCGAGGUCGAAAAGGUCGUGAACCUCGCGCGCAAAUGUCGCCGCCGCAUCGUCACCGCCGGGUGCGCCCACUCACCGUCCAACAUCACUUGUACCUCGAGCUGGCUCGUCAACCUUGACAACUUCAACCGCAUUCUCUCCGUCGACAGCUCUACAGGCAUUGCCGUGAUCCAGAGCGGAAUCCGCUUGUAUACCCUCUGCGACGACCUGGCGCGCCAUGGCUUGACCAUGCCCAACCUGGGCAGCAUCAACCACCAGUCCAUAGCCGGCGCCAUCUCGACCGGCACCCACGGCAGCAGUCUCUUCCACGGGCUCAUGUCGGAGGAUGUGCUGGCGCUCAAGAUCACGCUCGCCAAUGGCAAGACCGAGUCGUGCUCGCGCGAUGAAAACACAUCGCUCUUCCGCGCCGCCCUCCUCUCACUCGGCGCGCUAGGAAUCAUCACCGAAAUCACAUUCCGCGCAGUGCCCUCUUUCACGCUGCGAUGGACGCAGACCAUCGACACCGACCUCAAGAUGUUCAACUCGUGGCGCAAGAACCUGUGGACGCAGAGCGAGUUCGUCCGCGUGUGGUGGUUCCCCUACACCCGGAGGGCCGUGGUCUGGAAGGCGGACAAGUCGGACGAGAAGCACGUCAACCCUCCCAAGAGGAAUUACGACGGCCCGCUGGGCUACUACCUGUACCACAACCUGCUGUACGUCGCACAGCACAUCCCGCGGAUACUGCCGUGGGUCGAGUGGUUCAUCUUCGGCAUGCAGUACGGCUUCGCCAACGGGUCCACCAUCUCGGCGGUCCAGCCCAGCCGCGACGCGCUGCUCAUGAACUGCCUCUACUCGCAGUUCGUCAACGAAUGGGCCAUCCCGCUCGACAAGGGGCCCGAGGCUCUCCGCCGCCUGUCGUCGUGGCUUAACCACCUGACGCCGGCGGACCCGGACUACGUCCCGCACAACAUCCCCUUCUCCGCCGACGGGCUGUACGUCCACGCGCCGGUCGAGGUCCGCGUGAGCGAUACCUCGCUUACCACCAACGCGCGGCCGUUCCUCGACCCGACCCUUCCCGACGGACCUACGCUGUACCUCAACGCGACGUUGUACCGGCCGUACCUGAUGGACCCGCCGUGCCGGGUGCGGUAUUACGAGGCGUUUGAGUGGCUGAUGACGGACCUGGGCGGCAAGCCGCACUGGGCCAAGAACUUUAUAGAAAACGAGGCGAUUGAGGAGAUUUACGGCGAGCAGCUGGACGAGUGGCGGGCGGUGAGGAACGAGGCCGAUCCCGAGGGCAUGUUUGUCGGCCAGUGGCACCGCGAGAAGGUCCUGGGCAACGGCCCGAGGCUCGCCUUGGAGGAGGUAGAGGUGGAGAGGACGCCGGACAAGAGCGGCGGAGUGAGAGUCACCGGCGCCGUGGCCAAAUCAUCAUGA